AAGACAACCUUCGACGGAUGACCCAAUGGGGAAAGAGGCCGACGAUACCUUCUUCCCUCUGAAAGUCAAAGGUUAAGAUUGAACUGAGUGAUCUCUCGAUAAAUCUUAAAUCAUCGAAUAUCCCCACCCUGAAUAAAAAGUAAUUUAUACAAUGCGUUAGGUGCAUUGCAGACUGCAGAGGGGCAACUCUACAACUUGAUACGAAAAAAAGAUCAAAUCAAAAAAUGGAAAUUGGGAACACUAACCUUACAGAGAUUUCAAAACCCACCAAUUCGGAAGCUCAAAUUUCCCACCUUGCUCUCGACAUUGGAGGCAAUUCACUCUCCACGAUCAUAACCUGGUUUUUUAUUUUUGGAGUGCCGACUCUUCUUCUUCUUCUUCUUCUUCGAAUGAGAGUUUACCAGCUUCUAAUGGCGAUAGAGGGCGCCAUGUUCUUGAAGGGAAGCUCCAUUUUGCAAAGUUUGAAACUGAGAAAAUCAAUGACUGCAUAGACUUCAUUCGGUCCAAGCAACUUCUCCAUACUGAUCAUUUCAGGCCCCCAACAACACCGAGCUUCUGGGAGCGCAAAGUGCAUUAUCAAGGUAAAAACAGGUGUUUAGCUUGGCCAUACUAUUAUGACUGUUUGUGGCAUGUAUUUGUUCCAUGUGCAAGCUAAUUUAUUGACUCGGGACAAUGGAGAGCAGGCCACAGGCGGUGGGGCAUACAAGUUCCCAGAUCUCUUCAAAGAAAAGCUUGGGAUUUCUCUUGACAAGGCAGAUGAAAUGGACUGUCUUGUGGCCGGAUCAAAUUUUCUGCUCAAGGCAGUUCACCCCGAAGCAUUCACAUACAUGGAUGGUCAGAAAGAAUUUGUGAAGAUUGACCAUGAUGAUCUAUAUCCUUAUCUGCUUGUCAAUAUUGGUUCUGGUGUCAGCAUGAUCAAGGUAGAUGGACCUGGUAAGUUUGAGCGAGUAAGUGGAACCAAUGUUGGUGGUGGAACCUUUUGGGGUUUGGGGAAGCUUUUAACAAAGUGCAAGAAUUUUGAUGAGUUGCUCGAGUUAAGUCAUCAGGGAAAUAAUAGAGUGAUAGACAUGCUUGUCGGGGACAUCUAUGGUGGAAUGGACUAUACAAAGAUUGGUCUUAUAUCAACAGCCAUUGCUUCUAGCUUCGGCAAGGUAAUUUCUGACGAUAAGGAGCUGAAGGAUUACAAAUCUGAAGAUAUUUCUCGGUCACUCUUAAGAAUGAUUUCAAAUAAUAUUGGGCAGAUCUCAUACUUGAAUGCACUGAGAUUCGGGCUCAAGCGAAUAAUUUUUGCCGGAUUUUUUAUUCGGGGUCAUGCUGACACCAUGGACACGAUUGCUGUUGCCGUUCAUUUCUGGUCUAAAGGUGAAGCAAAAGCAAUGUUCUUAAAACACGAAGGAUUUCUUGGAGCAUUGGGUUCAUUCAUGAGCUAUGAAAAGCAUGGUUUUGAUGACUUGAAAGUCCAUCAGUCUGUGCAACAAUCCCCAGCGUGUGAUGAUCCACCAAACGGGGAAUUGAAUGAAAACCAAAGUAUAGACUGCAGUGUCUACCUCUCACAGUAAUUCGCGUUGCCUUCUCCCCGGGGCUUGGAUGUAAGAAUGUAGAGGCAAUUCUUGGUUGCCUGUCUGCAUUCUGUGGAGUUCAAAGGCUUGAAACUUGCGUAGCUUAUGUAACAUUGUGGAUAAACUACUAGGACAUUUAUUCAAAACUACAAAGAGAAAAAUUCAGAUGGAGAAAGAGGAAAACUUUAUAGUAGCACACAAUGUAACUUCACACGAUUGAUUUUGAAUUGUGACUACACCGUCUAGGUUUUGUAUCUUGUCAAAAUACUGUAACUGCGCAUCGUUGAAUGAAUUCUCACUGUUAUUACAUUUUA